AUGGAGGGAGAGCACCAUGUCAGAAAAGCAGACAGGCUUUUAGGCAGGGUGGGAAACGCAGACCGCCAGGCAUAUACACAAACACAGAUGCACAAAAGUGGAGCUCACAUGGCACCAUGUAACUUUUGAUGCCCAGUGUGGAUCUAAGGGUCGUUACCGUGUCGGAAUGGGCGACACUUCCAGAUGGAAAGGAUGCUGGGUAAGGAACUCCAGAGAGUUAGACUGAUCCCACACCAACUUUUUAUUUCUCCUCGCAUCAGAUCCUGGAGCUCAGGCCUCGGCCAUGAACUUUGCUCUCACGACACUGAGGCUGAUGUGCCUGGCCUGGCUGUGGCCCGUCGCCCUGCUCAAAGGAAGCAACACGCAAAACCAGCGCAGGCACAAGGACGUCUACCUGGGUGAAAACACACGGCACAAACAUGGAGGACGAAUAGACUUUAAAAUGAAGAAGUCUGACAGCACCAAAUCUUUGCUGAUUAAAUCAGAGCAGCUCUUGCGAAUCGAGGAUCACGAUUUCGCCAUGAGGCCUGGUUUUGGAGGUUCAGCUAUUCCAGUGGGCAUCGACGUGCAGGUGGAGAGCAUUGACAGCAUUUCAGAGGUCAAUAUGGACUUUACCAUGACCUUGUACCUUAGACAUUACUGGCAGGACGACAGACUGGCUUUCCCCUCCAGCAAUAACAAAAGCCGAACAUUUGAUGCUCGGCUGGUGAAAAAGAUCUGGGUGCCAGACGUCUUCUUUGUUCACUCCAAGCGUUCUUUCAUUCAUGACACCACCAUGGAAAACAUCAUGCUCCGGGUCUAUCCAGAUGGAAACAUUCUUUACAGCGUCAGAAUCACAGUGACGGCUCUCUGCUCUAUGGACUUCAGCAGGUUUCCUCUAGACACACAGAACUGCUCUCUGGAGCUGGAGAGUUACGCGUACAAUGAGAACGACCUCAUGCUCUAUUGGAAGAAUGGGAACGAUUCAUUAAGGACUGACGAGAUUGCACUCUCGCAGUUUUUUAUUGAAGAAUUCCACCCUUCCUACGGGCUAGCCUUCUACAGCAGCACUGGCUGGUAUAACAGGCUGUACAUAAACUUCAUCCUCAGGAGACACAUAUUUUUCUUCAUGCUGCAGACAUACUUUCCCACAAUGCUUAUGGUCAUGCUCUCCUGGGUCUCGUUCUGGAUCGACAGGAGAGCUGUACCGGCUCGUGUCUCUCUAGGAAUCACAACCGUGUUGACCAUGUCUACUAUAAUAACGGGCGUCUCAGCAUCAAUGCCUCAGGUGUCUUAUGUGAAGGCGGUGGACAUCUACCUUUGGGCCAGUUUCCUCUUCGUUUUCCUGUCGGUCAUUGAAUAUGCUGCCGUGAACUACUUCACCACAGUGGAAGAGAUGAAAAAACUUCAGAAAGGAAAGCUUCCAGUUUCCUACAACGCAACCCAGGCUAUGGCCUACGAUGGCUGUUUUCACGAUGACAUAGAUGUAUCGCCUUUCCCCGAGCUCCCCACCACACCCAGCACCACGCGGACCAUCCCGCCCAGAGCCUCCUCCACUGAGCCGCCGCCCACCGAAGGCACGAGACUUUGGAGGAAACGUUCAGUGGGCAAAAACAUCAGAUUCAUAAUGAGCAACAGCUACAUGAUUGACUCGUACUCCAGAAUCCUCUUUCCAGUGGCAUAUCUUCUCUUCAACAUCAUCUACUGGUGUAUCUACUCCUGAUUAUGUAGCUUGGGUUUUUCUGAUCAGUUGCUGUAAUAAGUCCAGGAUAAGCUACAGUACUGUUACUGCACAAGACAAAUGGACAAACGAUUGCAAUAAGCACAAGUGACCUGACAAAAUGGACAGUGUGGAUAAAAUGCUACUGGAGAAAGAUCCAUAUGGACGUUUGAUAUGGUUCACGUGUAAAAAAAAAAAAAAAAAAAAAAUCUCUUUAGAGACAUUUUAAACAUUUUGUAUUUCUUAUAGCAUUUGAAGGAAUGUCUUUUGUCAUAAAUGAACUCUCAAACACAAGGAGCAUGUUCAUCUCAUUCAAGGAUAUACUGUACAAACAGCUGCUUAGGACUUUUCCAAUGAGAUCCAUCCACCAUCCCAGCUUUAUCUACUCAACUCGGGUCUCUUUCUCAAGCCACCCCAUGUGGAAACCAAGACAACCUCCUUUAUAUGCUUAAUAAUUAUAUGAACAUGUGAACUUGUGAAUAAAAUAAAUAAAAUAAACCUCCUGCUAGUCCUAGUGUUAUAUAGUAUAGUGUUGUCAAAAGUACCUACCGUGAUACCAAGUCGGUACUGAAAUUUUAAAAAUGUGAAACUUUGAGCACUGUUGAGCUGAUUCGUUAACACCUCUGAUUGGCCUUUGUGUUCACGCACUCAACAGAUAUGUCUGUGAUUGGCUACAGUGAUCAACGCACGGGAGCGUUUGAAUAUGAAAGCGGGAGCAUUUGAAAGCAGCCAGACUGCUGACAGACGCCUGCUUUCAAAUGCUCACCGUGUGCAUCUGUGUAAGCGCUCAGUGAAAAGCAUUAUUGAUGUCUAUUUACAACAUGUUUUUGAAGCGUUGAUCAUUGUAGCCAAUCACACACAUAUCUGUUGAGCACGUGAACACAAAGGCCAAUCAGAGAUGUUUACAAAUCCGCUCUACAGCGGUCACAUUUUUAAAAUUUCAAUACUGAAAAUUUUGACUUGGUAUAAAGUCUGGGCCAUGUUUUUCUGGUAGGACCACCCACUUGAACAGGAAGUGACAUGUAAAGGGACCAAUCACAGUUAUCCAUAACAUCUACACUACCGUUCAAAAGUUUGGGGAUGGUAAUAUUUUUUAAUGUUUUUGAAAGAAGAUGUUCACCAUGGCUGCAUUUAUUUGGUCAAAAAUACAGUAAAAACAGUAAUUUUAUGAAAUAUUAUUACAAUUUAAAAUAACUCUUUUCUAUUUUAAU